AAACUAUCGAGGAGACUGUCUCACCCUAGAUACUCAACACCAGAACGGAACACCACCGUCUGCUAUGCUUCUCAACAUGAAUCGUCCACCAAGCAUUCCCUCUCAUGGAGGGCCUCCAGCAUCCUACCAGCCGUACCCAACACCUCCCGGGCCUCUCUCACGCUCAGAGGGCGAGUAUCACCGUUCAAGAGAGGUCAAUGAAAGUCAGAGCAACACACAGCGACUUCCAAGUCUCCGCACGCUCCUGGAGCCUGAGCUACUCGACAACCCUUCUGAUCAUUUGUUACGACAGGCUGCACCUCAACACAGUCAUAAUGCUUCUCCGCAAUAUGGAUCGUCCAGCCCCACUCUGAAGCGGCGACAUGAUUUCGAUAGCUACGGACAUGGUCAAUACGAGCGUAACACAACAGUGCCUCAGAUGUCAUAUGCACAUCGGCCGCCACUACCCCUUGUUCAUACCGAACAGCAAUCCACGACUCCUUCAACGCCAGGUUCCGCACUCAGUACUGGCUCACUGGAUCACCAACGCCAUGGAAGCUCUCAGUCUUUGCACGACAAUGCAGCUGGCAAUGCAUUCCGUCAAUCGUCAUCAGCCUCCGAGUCGAUGACCACACUACCAAGUCGUCCAAUGUACGACGAGGCGGAAGACCCGUCCAGGCCAGUCAGGAGACGUAUUGAUGCACUCUCACGCGCCCCUAUUCGUGCAUCGAGGUGCAUCGCGCAACGCGAAAUGCCAGGCGAAGGUCUCUGCUACAUCUACGAAGAUGGGACGUACUGCAGAGCCAUCAUAGAUGGCGAACCAGUCAAUCCAUCAUGGGGGAUCACGAAAGCAGGCAAGCCACGCAAACGACUAGCGCAGGCAUGCUUGACCUGUCGAGAGAAGAAGAUCAAGUGUGAGCCAGGUUAUCCUAAGUGCCAUCAAUGCGCAAAGUCUCAAAGGGUAUGCAGAGGGGGUUUGAACCAGCCAAAUCAACCAAGUACACGCAAUGGGUCGACCGAAGUAUCACCUUCAGCUCCAGCUGCCGCAACACUCAGAAGCUUUGCGUCAGAGGCGAUGAGUCCGUCAGUAAGCUCAGAAAAAGUCAAUCGCCUUGCAGACCUGCGAGAGAACCUGCGAACUGCCGAUGCUCGGCAUGAUGGAGCUACGCUGAAGCCUCGAGACCAUCUGCCACCACCCCCAAUCACAGGCGCUCGGGACAUGUCUGUUCAUUCUUAUGACUCUGACUGGAGCAGCUCUGUGAACCACCGAGAGCAUCACGAAUCAAGCGCUGGCCUGUACCAAGACCAUAUGGCACUACAAUGGGAGCAAGACCCUAGCGAACUGGAUCCCAGAGUAACAUUACACAUCCUGGAAUUGUACUUCCUUCAUGCUGGGCGCGCAACUUAUGGUAUGUUCCCUCGCAAAGCGUUCAUGUCAUGGGCGCAGUCAGGCCGAGGGAAGUCACAGGAUGACCGAAUGCUUUUGUACUCAGUACUAGCAAUGGGUUCGCUCUUCUCGCCCGAUGUGGAUAAAAGAGCACUCGGGAAGCGCUUCGCCGCCGUCGCAACAUAUGCCGCAGAGAAGCGAUUUGGGAAGUUCAGUCUGCAGCUCUGUCAGAGCCGCCUGCUACUCGCACUCUAUCACUUCGCGCAAGGCAAACCACAGGAGGCAUGGGAUUUCUGUGGUAGCGGUCUGCGUGCAAUCAGUGCAUUGAAGCUAAACACCGAGGAGGGAGUGAAGGAGAUGGCCGAUGGAGCGCCUGAGUUGGAGUACGGAUUCGAUCGCCGAACCUUCGAAGAAUGCUGUCGGCGUACCUUUUGGUCUGGGUUCCUGAUGGAUCGUUACAACGGUUUCUUCGGUGGAACACUGUUCGUUGUCAGCAUAGAAGACGCCUUUGUCCGUGUUCCAUGUCUGGAGGCUACCUAUGAAUCUGGCACGCCCUGCGAUACACCCCUUUUCGAUUACCAACUCCUCAACCGCUUCGCUCCCAAGACCCCUGUUCUUGGUAACAUGGCGUACCUGUGUCUCAUAUCAGCCCUUUGGGGCGAUGUGCUUACCUUUACAGGGCGUGCAGCUCGCCGUCCAGACACCGGCUAUGAACAACAUUAUGAACCUUUCUAUACCAAGAGCUACGAGCGAUUAGAGGGUUGGCACGCUAUGCUACCUGCCAGUCUGCGAUACUCCCCACAAAAUCUCGAGAACAGCAUCGCUGAAGGCAACGUUGGUACCUUCAUGUCGCUGCAUGCUCUCUACCACGCUACCAUCAUUCGACUCAACCGUCAGAUUCGCGUAAGUGCGAUGCCUGUCGACAAGAUAAGUCGCAAUAUCGAACACGCAUUCAAGAAUGCAUCGAACUUCUUGUCGAUGAUGCACAGUCUAGCCCUCAUCAACCGGCAACGCCGCAACGGCACAUCAGAGUGCUUCUUUUCGACACCAUUCCCGGGUUACGCGCUUAUGCUAUCGAUCGACGUUCUAUCCUCUGCCGGAACCUCCACUACAUUGUCCAAUCUGAUCGAUACAGUGGGCACUACUAUGUCAUGUAUUGAUGAGCUAGCCACAUUUUGGGCAUCGGCACGCGCACAACAAAAGGCUGUCUCCAACCGCUUGAGGCAGCUCACCGACAUCGCUAUGGAACACAAACAGGAUGCACACCAUGGGCGUGCAGGGCGCUUCUGGAAGAUCGGCGAGAGUCUCGAUGUGGCAUUCGGCAAGGACGACGCUAUGUACAAGGCCAACGAGCAGGAGCUUUUCAACGUUGUGGGUCAGCUUACUGGACGCUAAUGCGCAUCCUAACACCUCCACAACCGAAAACAACAAUUUGUCCAUGUCAAAAAAAAGCAUGCAUCAACAACUGUACUAUAUACAACGUGGAGCGAAGCACUCCAUCAACCAUUAGCGGGAUAUGCAUGAAGGAGUAGAUACGACAUGCCUCACAUCGAGGCUUAAUGAUAU